GGACCGCCUCAAGGCUACGGUCAAUACCCUCCACAGGGCUACGGUCAAUACCCCCCCGCACCGCAGGGCCAGUACCCCCCGCAGCAAGCGCAUGGUCAAUACCCCCCGCCCCAGGGUCAGUAUCCUCCUCAGGGAGGGCACUAUCCUCCCCAGCAACCGGGCGGGUACUACCCUCCUCCGGGUCCUCCCCAGCAGCAGCCGGGCGGACAUUACUCCCCCGGCCCUCCCCCCCCGGGCGGUCACUACCCCCCUCAGCAGUACGGCCAACCGCUGUCGCCGCAACAGUAUGGUGUGCCGCCCCAGCAGUACGGGUCGCCCCAGCCGCCGCCUCAGGGUUACGGGAACGCCCCUCCUCCUCCCGGGCAAUACGGCGGCGGCGGAGUCCCUCCACAGGGCGGCGUCGUGGGCGGGUAUGCGCAGGGUCCGCCCACGCCGCCGACGUUGGGGUAUGGUCCGCCGCAGAUAAUCCACUGGGACGGCGCGCCGGACGCCAAGGCUCUCCGGUCGGCCAUGAAGGGCAUCGGCACGGACGAGAAGGCGCUGAUCCGGGUGCUGUCCGACAAGGACGCGCUGCAGAUCGAGACGAUCCGCGGCGCCUUCAAGCGCAACCACAACCGCGACCUGGUCGAGGACAUCCGCAAGGAGACGAGCGGCUACCUCGAGCGGGGGCUGGUGCAGCUCGCCCGCGGACCCCUGCAGGCCGACGUGCACAACCUGUUUGACGCCGUGGACGGACCCGGUACCAAGGAGGCUUUCCUCAACGACAUCCUGCUGGGCAGGUCCAACGCAGACAUCAAGGCCAUCAAGUCGGCCUACCAGCAGACCACCAAGCGCAGCCUCGAGGCUGCCAUCAAGGGUGACCUGAGCAUGAAGACGGAGCGCCACUUCAUGCUCGUCCUAGCCGCCAACCGCGCGGAGGACUCGGCACCCGUCGACCUGCGAAAGACGGAGGAGGACGUCUUGAACCUGUACAAGGCCACCGAGGGCCGCGCAGGCACGGAUGAGGUGCUCGUCUGCCAGAUCCUCACCUCCCGCAACAAUGACCAGAUUCGCGCCAUCGCACACAUGUACAAGAGUAAAUUCAGCCGUGAUCUCGAAGAAGUUAUCAAGAGUGAAUUCUCCGGUCAUAUGAAGGACGCUCUGCUGUUCCAGCUCAGAGAGGGUGUAGACAAGUACAUGCACGCCGCCACCUUGCUCGAGGAUUCCAUGACCGGCGUGGGGACAAAGGACCAGCUGCUCGUCGCCAGAGUCAUCCGCUUCCACUGGGACCGAAACUACCUCGCCAACGUCAAGGCCGCCUACCAGCAGCGUUACGGGAAGCCUCUGGGCAAGCGUGUUGCUGGGGAGACGUCGGGAGACUACAAGAGGCUCAUGCUGGCUUGUCUUGGGGAACCGUGGUGA